CUCCUCAGAAAUGCUCAGGGAAGUAAUUGUGCAAGUGAUUGAAGGUUGAGUAAAGUGCAGCUCUCCGGCGGGGCGUUGUUGUUGUGCUGUGGGCGGCAGGGAAAACUUCAGGCAUCAGCAUUAUCAUAUCAGGGGGGAGAUAGAGAAGGGCAAGUUAUAAAUGAAUACUGUCAUUUACUGACGGAUCCUUUUUAAUUGUCCCUCUUAAGCACACCUGUGAGACACAGGAUUACACAGAACAGACUCCUCAGAAGCAUGGCGUGCUUGAAGUCCUUUCUGACGAGCCUGUCCCGGAGGAAGCCCCUGGAGCCCGAUGGGGAGCAGUCCACGUUUAACCGAUGCCUGACCACCCUGGACCUGGUGGCCCUGGGUGUGGGCAGCACCCUUGGGGCCGGAGUCUACGUCCUGUCUGGAGAGGUGGCCAGAGACAGUGCUGGACCCAGCAUCAUCAUCUCGUUCUUCAUCGCUGCCUUGGCGUCCAUAUUCGCCGGGCUGUGCUAUGCAGAGUUUGGGUCCCGGGUGCCCAAAACAGGCUCAGCAUACCUGUACAGCUAUGUGACCGUUGGAGAGCUGCUGGCUUUUAUCACUGGGUGGAAUCUGCUACUCUCCUACGUCAUAGGGACAUCCAGCGUGGCUCUGGCAUGGAGUGGGACAUUCGAUGAUCUCAUAGGAGGCCACAUAUCGAGAUAUUUUGCAGCAAAUGCACCCAUGGGCCUCACUGGCCUGGCGCCUUACCCAGACAUCUUUGCUGCUUCCCUCAUCCUGAUCCUCUCAGGUGUGCUGGCAUUUGGAGUGAAAGAGUCAACCACCAUCAACAAGAUCUUCACGGCGGUCAACAUCCUGGUGCUGCUGUUUGUGACCAUCUCCGGAUUCAUCAAGGGCGACAUCAGCAACUGGCAAAUCAGUCCAGGAGAUGUGUUAAACAGCACAAUAGGAAACGUUCAAAAUGAAACUAUUAAAGUUGGAGACGGUGGAUUUUUCCCAUUUGGCUUUGGUGGGACACUGGCCGGAGCCGCCACAUGUUUCUACGCUUUUGUUGGAUUCGACUGCAUCGCUACAACAGGUGAGGAGGUGAAGAACCCUCAGAAGUCUGUCCCUAUAGGCAUUGUGGCCUCACUACUUAUCUGUUUCCUGGCCUACUUUGCCGUGUCUGCUGCUCUCACCCUGAUGAUGCCCUACUACCUGCUGGAUGAAAAAAGCCCCCUGCCUGCUGCCUUCAAAUAUGUCGGCUGGGAUCCCGCCAGAUAUGUAGUGGCUGUGGGAUCGCUGUGUGCCCUGUCCACCAGCCUGCUGGGUUCGAUGUUCCCGAUGCCCCGGGUGCUCUUCGCUAUGGCCAGAGACGGCCUGCUUUUCCAGCCCCUGACCAAAGUCACCUCCAAGGGCAGUCCUGCUGUAGCUACAGUAUCAUCUGGAUUUGUGGCAGCCGUCAUGGCGCUGCUGUUUGACCUGGACGCGUUGGUGGAAAUGAUGUCCAUUGGCACUCUGUUUGCUUACACACUGGUGGCCAUAUGCAUCUUAAUACUGAGGUACCAGGAGGGUCCGUCUGAGGAGACAGAGCUACAGAUCAUGGAAUCAAAGCCCAAGUUUGUCUUAGUGAGGCCGCCGCCAGCUGCCAAUUCAUCUUCCUCAAGAACAGUCACCAUCUUGACGCUGAUUUCUAUCGGAUGCGUGCUAGCACUGUGUCUCACCCUGUCCCUGCGCAUCAAGGAAAUUGCCGAGUGUGAGGUAUGGAGUAUAGUGCUUGUCAGCAUCUUCGCCUUAACGCUGCAGCUCUGCUGCCUCUUCAUCUGGAGGCAACCACAAAAUACCACCAAGGCAACCUUCAUGGUGCCCUUAGUCCCAGCUUUGCCUUUAGUGAGCACAUUCAUCAACGUCUACCUGAUGGUCCAGUUGGGUGCAGACACAUGGUUACGAUACGCUAUCUGGAUGUUAGUGGGGUUAAUCAUCUAUUUUGGAUACGGCAUGCACUUCAGUGUCCAGAGGAAGAGGCUCAUGACAGGCCAGACGAGGAUCGAAACUGUCAGCGGCAAAACAGACACGAUCAUCCACGAAGUGAAACUCUGAGCCUCUCGGUGUGUGUGGAGAAAAAAAAAAAAAAAUUGAUUGAGAUGUUACAGCGAGUAAUUGCUUUAAGCCCGUCACUUCGUUUUACAUGCACCAGUGCUGAUAUGGGCCAACAUGUUGACUUUUAUCGCACAUUUAAGCUUUAUUACAUGAUGAUGGAGUUUUUAUUGUAUCUAAAUAUUGUCAUCGCCAACACUGAAAUGAAGCCGUUCAUGUUUUUGGACCUGUAUGUGUUGCUUGUGUCAGUGUUAGAGCCUUGUCCUGGAGCCUCAAAAUCUACUAUCAGAGCAGCUUACACUGUAAAAAGAAAAGAAAUAAGGGCUCAAACUGUUUAAUUUAAAUUUCACUUUCACUUAAAUAGCAAGAUCACACUUUUCUUAUCACCUGUAAAAUGUUGAGAUCUACUCAAAUGUUAUAAAAUUCUAAUUAUGAUUAUGAGUAACAAGAGAAUCGCUUAUGGGUUGUUGUUUUUUUGCAUAUCAUUACGUAGCGUUAGACUGUACAAAAGUGUGUACGAUGUAGAUACAGAAAAUCUUCUAUUUCACUGUAUUAAUUGUCUAUUGUUUCAAAAGUGUAAAUAUGGGAACUGUAUAUGUUUUCUAAUUAUGUAUUGUAAAUGUAUUCCUCAAUAAAAAAAAAAAAAAGAAAGAAUCCAGUUUU